CAUCCGUCGCCUCCUCACUUCCUGUUGUGCAUCCACGUGGGUCCCUGUGCCGAUGUUCAUGUCGACUCCCAUUUGUACCUUCACUUUUACGUGAUUUUGUGUGUUAUGAUUGAAAGCCGCGCCCGAGCGCUUUAGAGAUGCAGGUGUCCAGCGUGAAUAACGUGAAGAUCUAUAAUCUGAGUCAUGGGAAAUCUCUUCCGGAGUGGCUGUCAGAUCGAAAGAAGAGAGUGCUCCAGAAAAGUGAUGUUGAUAUCCAGAAGAGGAUUGAGCUGAUUCAGGACUUUGAGAUGCCCACGGUCUGCACCUCUAUCCGCGUGUCACGAGACGGCCAGUUCGUUCUAGCUGCAGGCACGUACAAGCCUAGAGUCCGAUGCUAUGACGCUUGCCAGCUGUCUCUGAAAUUCGAGAGGUGCCUGGAGUCUGACGUGGUGACGUUUGACAUCCUAUCUGAAGACUACUCUAAGCUAGUGUUUCUGCACAUAGACCGCUAUGUGGAAUUCCACUCUCAGCACGGCCAUUACUACAAGACCCGCAUCCCCAAGUUUGGCCGAGAUUUUUCCUACCACUACCCUUCCUGUGAUCUCUACUUCGUGGGCGCCAGCUCGGAGAUCUUCAGACUGAAUCUUGAACAGGGCAGAUUCCUCAACUCCUUACAGACGGACGCAGCAGAAAUCAACGUGUGUGACAUCAAUCCUGUUCAUCAGCUGUUUGCUGCGGGAACAUUAGAGGGCAGAGUGGACUGCUGGGACCCUCGUGUCCGGACUCGAGUGUGUGCGUUGGACUGCGCUCUCAGCAGCAUCACCGACGGAACCGAGGUGGAAGGUCUGCCGUCCAUCAGCGCUCUGAAGUUUAACGGCUCUCUGGGCAUGGCGGUGGGCACCAGCACCGGACAGGUUCUCGUCUACGAUCUUCGUUCUUCACGUCCUCUGCUGGUUAAAGACCAUUACUACGGGCUGCCCAUCAAAUCCCUUCACUUCCACGAGCCACUGGACCUGGUGCUCUCCGCCGACUCCAAAAUCAUCAAGAUGUGGAAUAAAGACAACGGAAGAGUAUUUUCCUCCAUCGAACCGCAGGCCAACAUCAAUGAUGUGUGUCUCUACCCCGGCUCCGGUAUGCUCUUCACUGCCAAUGAAGAUCCCAAAAUGAACACCUUUUACAUCCCCGCUCUCGGUCCGGCUCCACGCUGGUGCUCCUUCCUGGAUAACCUGACAGAGGAGCUCGAGGAGAAUCCAGAGAGCACCAUCUAUGACGACUACAAGUUUGUCACCCGCAAAGAUCUGGAGAACCUCAGUCUGACCCAUCUGAUUGGCUCGCCUCUGCUCAGGGCCUACAUGCACGGCUUCUUCAUGGACAUCAGGCUCUACCACAAGGUGAAGACCAUGGCCAACCCGUUUGCCUAUGAAGAAUACCGUAAGGACAAAAUCCGGCAGAAGAUUGAGGAGUCAAGAGCACAGAGAGUGCCGCUCAAGAAGCUGCCCAAGGUCAACAAGGAACUGGCCAUGAAACUCAUGGAGGAAAGUGAGCUUUCGACCAAGAAGAAGAAGAAGAAGGCCAAUGCCGGAGCCAAUCUCUUGACGGACGACCGUUUCAAGGUGAUGUUCGAGAACCCUGAUUACCAGGUGGACGAGCGAAGCGAGGAGUUCAGGCUGCUCAACCCCAUCGUCUCUAAAGUGAGCGAAAGGAGGAGGGAGAAGCUCGUCCAGCUUGUUCAGCAAGAGGAACAGCAGGACGACGAGGAGGAGGAAGAGGAGGUGGAAGGCCGUGGCAGCUCGGAGGAAGAGGAGAGCUCUGACGAUGAUGAUAAGAGCUGGGUGCAGGAAGUGAGGCAGCAGCGCCGUCUUUUACAGGCGGAGGAGCGAGAGCGCAUGUUCAACCAGAGGAAAGAGAGGAGGCAACAGGACCGCCAGACCAGCUUACAGAGCUCAGAUCCAGCCAGGAACCGCCAGCAGGAGCCUCAGAACCAGAGCCAGCCCAGAUUCUACCAGAUCAAGGCAGGAGAGGAGUUUCGCAGCUUCAGCGACUCGGCCCACAAACAGAGGAUGCAGAAGACGUCUCUGGAGGAGCGGCUUCAGCGGGAAGAGAGCUCGGGGAUGCUGAACCUCAAUGACACGGCGGUUGGAAGCAAACAGCUCUCGUUCACUCUCAAAAAGACGGAUAGGCAGCGAUUUCAACAGCAGGCUGAAUAUGACCAUCAUGAGGAGAGGAGGAGGAUCAGACGGUCGGCCGGACACUUACAUUCUCACAGGGGAGGAAGAGGAAGGGGCGGCGGAAGAGGAAGAGGAAGAGGUGGUGGAAGAGGAAGGAGACCCUUUUAAACUCAGGACUGAACGUCUUCGUGGAUGCUGAUAUGCAGGACUUUUAAACAGCCUUCGAAUGUGUCUGAUCUGCAGGAACCUCUUUUGUGUUCCAUUACAGAUGCUGGUAAUGAUUCACUUUAAGAGACUGUGCGAGUGUGUGUGUGUGUGUGUGUGUGUGUGUGCGUGUGUGUCAGGCAUCCCUUUUUCCACAACAUCUCUCAGCACAGUCUAAACAGGACCUUGUGUUUUGCGAAGAACCAUAAAACAUUUUUAUCAA